AGAGGAGGAGGAGAGAGAGAAAGACAGACAGGCAGAGAAAGAGAGAGAGCAGAUACGUUACAGCUAGAAAACUCUCCGCAGCAGUCCUCCGGCGGAGCAGGGCUCCACUCGGCGCUGCAGCUAAGGCGAGUGAGGGGGAAAAGUAAAGUUUUAUGCUUGGAAGCUUGUGCUGCCUUGGCGUUGAUGUAUAUCUGAGCAGAAGCUGCGUUCUGCGCUUGCUGGCACUAAUCAGCUUAAAGAAGAAGGAGCGAGCAGCCUGGCGUGAAGGUUUCCGGGUGUGAAUGAGACCUAGACAGCUGUGAGAGGCUUUUAACACCCAACGCCGCAGCCAUGCCGCCCCCCGCGGACAUCCUGAAGGUGGCCAUCGAGUGGCCAGGGGCCUUCCCCAAACUUAUGGAAAUAGACCAGAAAAAGCCUCUCUCUGCAAUCAUUAAAGAAGUCUGUGAUGGGUGGCAGCUGCCGAACCACGAAGGCUUCGCGCUACAGAACGCAGACUCCACUAACUUCUACAUCACUGAAAAGAACCGCAACAACAUAAAAAAUGGCUCCAUCCUGCGCCUGACCACAUCUCCUGCCCAGAUGGCACUGCAGCUGCACGAGCGCAUCCAAACCGGCAGUCUGGAUAUGAAACUGGACGCUCUGAAGGACUUGGCCAACGCAUCCCGAGACAUUACCUUCGCUCAGGAGUUCAUCAACCUGGAUGGCAUCUCGCUGCUUACCCAAAUGGUAGAGAGUGGCACAGAAAAGUAUCAGAAACUACAGAAGAUGAUGAAGCCCUGCUUCGGUGAGAUACUGUCUUACACGUUGACGGCCUUCGUGGAACUCAUGGACCAUGGCAUCAUCUCAUGGGAUACAUUCUCAGUGGCCUUCAUCAAGAAGAUUACAAGUUUUGUGUGUAAGUCGUCCACAGACUCGGCAGUGCUGCAGAGAUCUCUGGCCAUCCUGGAGUCUAUGGUGCUCAACAGUCAGGACCUGUACCAGAAAGUGGUGCAGGAGAUCACUGUAGGCCAGCUCAUGCCUCAUCUACAAGGGACGGAUCAGGACAUUCAGACUUACACUAUCGCAGUGAUUAAUGCUCUUUUCCUGAAAUCCCCCGAGGACAAGAGACAGGAAAUGACUCACAUCCUGGCACAGAAGCAGUUGCGCCAAAUUAUCCUUAGUCAUGUAAUCAGGAGCCCUAAGCCCAUUAAUGAUGAGAUGGCCCACCAGCUUUAUAUGCUGCAAGUGCUGACCUUUAACCUUUUGGAAGAUCGCAUGAUGACCAAGAUGGACCCUCAGGACCAGGCUCAGAGAGACAUCAUUUUUGAGCUGCGGCGGAUCGCCUUCGAUGUCGACUGCGAGUCCAACAGCAGUGGCAGUAUCGAAAAGCGCAAGUCCAUGUACACCAGAGACUACAAGAAACUAGGCUUCAUCAAUCAUGUGAACCCAGCGGUGGAUUUCACACAGAUUCCUCCGGGGAUGUUGGCUCUGGAUAAUAUGCUGUAUUUUGCCAAGCAUCACCAGGAUUCCUACAUCAGGAUUGUCCUGGAGAACAGCAGUCGUGAAGACAAGCACGAGUGUCCAUUUGGCCGCAGCAGUAUCGAGCUUACCAAAAUGCUGUGUGAGAUCCUUAAAGUAGGAGAACUGCCCAGUGAGAACUGCCACGACUUCCACCCAAUGUUCUUUACUCAUGACCACUCUUUUGAAGAGUUCUUCUGCAUCUGCAUCCAGCUGCUCAACAAAACCUGGAAGGAGAUGAGAGCCACGUCGGAAGACUUUAACAAGGUGAUGCAGGUGGUGAGGGAACAGAUCACUCGUGCUCUGACGAACAAGCCUAACUCUCUGGACCAGUUUAAGACCCGCCUGCAGAACCUGAGCUACACUGAGAUCCUCAAGAUCAGACAGUCAGAGAGAAUGAACCAGGAGGACUUCCAGUCUCGGCCCAUUCUGGAGCUGAGGGAGAAGAUCCAGCCUGAAAUCAUGGAGCUGAUCAAACAGCAGCGACUCAACCGCUUGUGUGAAGGCACCUGCUUCAGGAAGAUCAGCAGCCGCAGGAGACAGGAUAAGUUCUGGUAUUGUCGAUUGUCACCCAAUCAUAAAGUACUGCACUAUGGGGACCUGGAGGAGAGUCCUCAGGGAGAGGUGCCUCAUGAUUCUCUACAGGACAAAUUGCCCGUGGCUGAUAUUAAAGCUGUUGUCACCGGUAAGGACUGUCCACACAUGAAGGAGAAGGGAGCUCUGAAGCAGAACAAGGAAGUGCUGGAGUUGGCCUUUUCUAUCCUCUAUGAGUCUGAUGAGUAUUUAAACUUCAUUGCUCCUGACAAGCAUGAGUACUGUGUGUGGACAGACGGGCUGAACGCUCUUUUGGGGAAGGAGAUGACCAGUGAAUUCACUCGCUCCGACUUGGACACUCUUCUGAACAUGGAGAUGAAGCUCCGCCUCCUGGACCUGGAGAACAUCCAGAUUCCAGAGGCCCCGCCCCCUAUCCCAAAAGAACCUAGUAAUUAUGACUUUGUCUAUGACUGCAACUAAAGCCCUCCACUGGACCAAGUUUUUUGUUUGUUUGUUUGUUUUUUACAUGCAGACUGGAAGAAAAAAAAACUUUUAGGAAACAAAAAAGAACAACGGAUCGAUUUUUAUUUCUUUUUGCUUAAUUCUUUUUUUUUUUUUUUUAAUUGCCUUUCCCAGUGUGUUUAUCAAACUCAGUUUGCUUUACAGCUUUCUGACAUGUGUCCCUUAUGGUUGGAUUCUCAAGUCCAGAACCUGCACCUCAUAAAAAUUUCAGUUAACUUUGUAGUAACUACACACACACACACACCUGGUUUAAAGAUGGUCAUAAUGCUUGUCCUUUCAGUUUUGAUUUCCAUCCAUGCUGUUUGAGGUGAGAGCCCCGCUGCUGAGUGUGUCGAGCCUGGGGACUUUGGCCUUUAGCACUUCCUACAGCAGACGUCUGUCUCACACAGGCAGCAGCUAACGGCACAGAAAAGGCAGACUAGUUAUAGUGUCCAAGUCCAUCGCCAUCAGCGUACCCUGUCUGUGCUUCACAAACGAUAGACUGUUACCUGAACUCCUGUAUCAUAGUAGCCCUGACCUGAGUCUGUCCUCCCCUUAGUGGUCUAGCCAGCCUGUGGGACUGUAACCUGAAAAUCCAAAUCCAACGCUCGCUUCUAUUUGAUGCCCACCAGACUUGUGGUAGACUGCUGUAACAUUCCAAAGCAAUAUAUUGAGCUUCUGUUUUUGUAACAUGGUGUAAACUUUAGUGAUAUUUGUGCAGCCAAGUAGUCAGCAUUCUGUUUCAUUUGUGUCAGUUAAGAGAUUUUUUUUUUUUAGGAACAUGAUAAAUUUGAUCAUUGAUGUUAAUUUAAGUUAAAUGAUAAAUACUCUGUGUUUUAUCAUUAAUUAUUUUUUUAUCCCUUCAGAUGUUUAUGUAUUUUAGAGCCCUACACCAUGCUGUUUACA